GGGCGGUGGAUCCCGCGGCGGCGCUGGACUGGGCUGGCUGAGCCCCGCGGCGGCCUGCGGGCGGCGCGGGCAGGAUGGGGAACCGGGAGAUGGAGGAGCUGAUCCCCCUGGUGAACCGUCUGCAGGACGCCUUCUCAGCGCUGGGGCAGAGCUGCCUGCUGGAGCUGCCGCAAAUCGCGGUGGUGGGCGGCCAGAGCGCCGGCAAGAGCUCGGUGCUGGAGAACUUCGUGGGCAGGGACUUUCUCCCUCGAGGGUCAGGCAUCGUAACCAGACGGCCUCUUGUCCUACAGCUUGUGACUUCCAAAGCAGAAUAUGCUGAAUUUCUUCAUUGCAAAGGAAAAAAGUUUACAGAUUUCGAUGAAGUUCGCCAUGAGAUCGAAGCAGAGACGGAUCGCGUGACCGGCAUGAACAAGGGCAUCUCUUCCAUUCCCAUCAACUUACGAGUCUACUCCCCCCAUGUGUUAAAUCUCACCCUCAUCGACCUGCCGGGGAUCACGAAGGUGCCCGUGGGAGACCAGCCGGCCGACAUCGAGCAUCAGAUCAGAGACAUGAUCAUGCAGUUCAUCACGCGGGAGAACUGUCUGGUUCUGGCUGUCACCCCGGCCAACACCGACCUGGCAAACUCAGACGCGCUGAAGCUGGCGAAGGAGGUGGACCCGCAAGGUCUGAGAACCAUUGGCGUCAUCACCAAACUGGAUCUCAUGGACGAAGGGACGGACGCCAGGGACGUCCUGGAGAACAGGCUGCUGCCUCUGCGCAGGGGUUACGUGGGGGUGGUGAACAGAAGCCAGAAGGACAUCGACGGGAAGAAGGACAUCAAGUCCGCCAUGCUGGCGGAGAGGAAGUUCUUUCUCUCGCACCCGGCAUACAGGCACCUUGCCGACCGGAUGGGGACCCCACACCUGCAGAAGGUCCUCAACCAGCAACUCACCAACCACAUUCGGGACACCCUGCCAAACUUCAGGAACAAGCUGCAGGCGCAGCUGCUCUCCAUAGAACAUGAAGUCGAAGCCUUCAAGAACUUCAAGCCAGAGGACCCCACCAGGAAGACGAAGGCCCUGCUGCAGAUGGUUCAGCAGUUCGCUGUGGACUUCGAGAAGAGAAUUGAAGGCUCAGGGGACCAGGUGGACACCCUGGAGCUCUCGGGGGGUGCGAAAAUCAAUCGAAUCUUCCACGAACGCUUUCCCUUUGAGAUAGUGAAGAUGGAGUUCAACGAGAAGGAACUGCGGCGAGAAAUAAGCUAUGCAAUCAAAAAUAUACACGGUAUCAGGACAGGGCUGUUCACCCCAGACAUGGCCUUUGAAGCUAUAGUCAAAAAGCAGAUCGUGAAGCUGAAAGGGCCUUCCUUGAAGAGCGUGGACCUGGUGAUGCAGGAGCUGAUCAACACCGUCAAGAAGUGCACCCGGAAGCUGGCGAACUUCCCCCGACUCUGCGAGGAGACGGAGAGGAUCGUGGCGAACCACAUCCGCGAGCGGGAAGGGAAGACCAAGGACCAGGUGCUGCUGCUGAUCGACAUCCAGGUCUCCUACAUCAACACCAACCACGAGGAUUUCAUCGGCUUCGCCAAUGCUCAGCAGAGGAGCAGUCAGGUUCACAAGAAAAACACGAUUGGAAACCAGGGAACCAAUCUUCCGCCUUCAAGGCAAAUUGUGAUCCGCAAGGGCUGGCUGACCAUCAGCAACAUCGGCAUCAUGAAAGGGGGCUCCAAGGGCUACUGGUUCGUCCUCACGGCUGAAAGCUUGUCCUGGUAUAAGGAUGACGAGGAGAAGGAGAAGAAGUACAUGCUCCCCUUGGACAACCUGAAGGUGCGCGACGUGGAAAAGACCUUCAUGUCUAGCAAGCACAUCUUUGCACUCUUUAACACGGAGCAGAGGAAUGUGUACAAAGACUACCGCUUCCUGGAGCUGGCCUGCGACUCCCAGGAGGACGUGGACAGCUGGAAGGCCUCUCUGCUCAGAGCUGGCGUCUACCCCGACAAAUCCUCAGGGAACAACAAAGCGGAAAACGACGAGAACGGCCAAGCGGAAAACUUCUCCAUGGACCCCCAGCUGGAGAGGCAGGUGGAGACCAUCCGCAACCUCGUGGACUCCUACAUGUCGAUCAUCAACAAAUGCAUCCGGGACCUAAUUCCCAAAACAAUAAUGCACCUGAUGAUCAAUAACGUGAAAGACUUCAUCAACUCGGAGCUCCUGGCCCAGCUGUACUCUUCCGAGGACCAGAACACCCUGAUGGAGGAGUCGGCGGAGCAGGCUCAGCGCCGGGACGAGAUGCUGCGCAUGUACCAGGCCCUGAAAGAGGCCCUGGCGAUCAUCGGCGACAUCAACACGGCCACGACGUUCACCCCCGCCCCGCCCCCCGUGGACGACUCCUGGAUCCUGCGCUCCCGCAGGUCGCCCCCUCCGAGCCCCACCGCCCAAAGGCGGCCGACACUCAGCGGCCCCCCAACACGGCCCGCGUCCGGCCGAGGGCCCGCUCCCGCCAUCCCCUCCCCGGGGCCCCACUCGGGGGCGCCCCCAGUUCCGUUCCGGCCGGGCCCGCUGCCCCCCUUCCCCAACAGCAACGACGCAUUCGGAGCCCCCCCGCAAGUCCCCUCUCGGCCCGCCAGGGCCCCGCCCAGUGUCCCCAGCCGGAGACCGCCCCCGUCACCAACUCGACCCACUAUAAUCCGCCCGCUAGAGUCCUCUCUGUUAGACUAGAGGAUGGGUCUGGCCUGGCAGCUCCUUACUAACGAACCGUGCGAAAGCCACGCACGUGAUAGCCGCUGCGGUCCAUCAUGAGUAGUCGCUUGUGUGGCCAUCCGUAGGCAAGUAGCCCGUUGUACUAACGCACCUGUCACUCACCUGCAUUGCUCAUGGUACCUCAGCCCUCUGGGGGCCGACUCUGGAGAACUGCUGAGUCCGCGAGGCUUUCUGUGUUGUGCCCACCCAGGUAGGUCCGUGGGGCAGCCCCACGCUCUGGGGGGACCGCCUGCCUGCCCUGGGAUUACAUUCGAACCCGCGCUGAACAAGUUUCCCAGCUUACCUUACAGAGAGCCCAUGGAAUAGAAUUCUUAAGAGAUCUCGGACGGUGGGCUUAGACCUAAGCCAUACGUGUUUAUUUUCCCACAUUCAGUUUCGGUUGACAGAAAAGGUAUCGUUUAUUAUCAACGUUUCUGUCUACUCCGUAGUGACCUGUGUAUAGCCUUCCCUUCCUCUUUAUUUCAUAAGACUGCUAGGAAGUAAUUGUUUUUUUUUUUAAAUCAGAGUUUCUUAAGAAGAAAGCUUUUCCCAGAAGCGCAAGGUAGUUUGCAAAGGAAAAGGGAAUGCAUUGCUUGUUCUAGAGGCUUCUCCUAGGCCAGUGUGUUUUGUUUCGUGCUAGAAGCUCAUUCAACAACACGUCAGGUUGGUUCCUUCUGUAGCCCUCCAGCAGAUUUGACUAGUUAAUUUGAGAAUUCGGGAAGAAGCAAAACAUCACGUCUCUAGAAGUAUCUGGAAAAUGUAAUUUCCUCACUCAUUUAUAUAAUCACCUCCGCACAGGUUACAGUGAAGGCUGACAGGGAAAAUAUUUAUUUUUUCAGAGUCAUCCUAAUUUCAGGCAUGGCUGACUACGCUUUGAUACCAACUCCAGUUUAUUUGUUUAUUUGGUUGGUGGGGGCAGAAAUAUUCCUCUCCUUUCCUAACACAUCAUUCUCUUAUGUAAAAAUGUAGCCUACCUUUAAGACAGGCUUGAAGUAACUUUCUGUCCGUUCCAGGCUUUCUUAAUAAAUUGUGAGCCUUCCUAUGGGGUAACCCUAUUUAAAGCAUAGGGACCCGGAAUGAAAAGAAAAGUCAUUUUGUCUAAGAGCAGAGUCCACAACUUUUAUAGUUAUGCAACUGCAAGGUCUUUAUCCGGGUCAUUCCAGAGAACGGUAUUCAGACGCAGAGAUCUAAAGCGAAUUGGCAAAUUCUAACAUUUCUGAAAUUUACAAGAGCCCUUUAGCCCGGGGGUUAAUAGUUCAGCCCGGAGGCCGAGUUUUUGGACGACCCAGGACCAGAUGACCAGCGCACAGGAGACCGCCAGAAGCCGACUGGCGUUUGGUCUGCUAACUGCUCCCAGCCGGUCCCCGCGACACAGUUUCAUACUCCGCAGACGUAAAUCAGGUUUCACCGACAGAAACGUCUCCCUUUGAAAGCAGCAAACAUGAUUUGUAUGUUAACUUCACUUUAAUUUCCUGUGUAGUUUAUACCCAGAGCAGACACCCAUAAACUAUGAAGUAAAAACUUUCAGCCAUUAUUAAAAAGAGAGCUCGCCGGGCCAAACAGUGUUGUUCUGAACUUACUCUAAAGGGUUAUAGCUAGCCCACUUAGGCAAAAACCAGAGAGUUCAAGAUUCCUUAAAAAGGGCACUUCAACUUUUAAGCUACAGGGGAUUGUAUGAAGAUUGCCAUCCUAAAUCCCAUAUCUCAUUUUUCUUUCUGUUGAGAAAAAGUUAACUUCGCCAAGGGGCAAGAAACAUACUAUAUUUUAAAGAUAGUGCCCCGGCUAAAUGGAAAUAUGUUAAGUAAACAUCCAGAGUGAAGUAAAUAGUCUAUAGUGAGAUCUUUUCAUAAAAUCCCCUCUCUGAAGGACUCCCUUUGCUUCUUCCUUCGAAUCUCCAGAAGGAGGCAGCUCGUGGAGCGUGUGCUCCCGGGUUUGGCUGUGGGCGGCAUGUGGUUCGCGCCUUGCUGCGUUUCAGAAAUGUCCUUCUGUUCACGGCAAAUGUUGUGCACAACCACGGGUGAGCUCUUAGUUCGGCACAAACCAUGUCAAAGAAGAGUGGAGAUUCUUUUCCCAAGGCCCUUUCCCCGGAUCUUCUGCAGUCGGAACAGUGGCAUUUGUCUCCUGUGGCCCCUGCUCUCCGAUUACAGCCCCACGGUCUCACUGUCCCUGCUGCCUCUCCUGCGGGCGCCUUUUUGUCCUAGUUCACUCCUGCGUUGUCUCUGACGGGACCCAGCCCCCGCACCCCGGAAUUUCAGCCGGCGUGUCGGAGAGCGUGUUCAGUUGGCCGCAGUGCGAUGUGCUGUGCUGAGCCCUGACCCCGCUCCCCAGCGGGCCUGCGCCCCGCUAAGGGGAGGCGUCAGUGUCGAUGGGGGGAACGGAGUUCGGGAUGGAAGGACAGCAUUCCCAUCAGGCCUUCAGGCGGGAGUGGAGCUUAGUGAGCUUUCUGAGUGUUUCCCGCUCCGCUUCACGUCUCCUGUAGCUUCCUCCCAUCCCCGGUGCGGUCUGCAAAAUACACGGAGCUCUGUCGUGUCUCGUGGAGCAAAAUAAAACAUACAGCAUUUCAGGAUUUGGAAAAACAAGCUGUCUAUUUGAUAGGUAAAUCUAUGUUAACGCCACAUGCUAAAUCUUGCAUGCUUAUUGAUUCGUUGGAAUAACCAUGUACUCAACUGUGGACAGAUUACUGAAAUAGUGUUAACUUAGAACAGCCCUAUUGCAUUUCCAGAAGUCAUCCACCCAAAUGACUCCCCUGAACAUUGCUUCUAGCUGUGUCUUGUAACAUAGCAGAGCAGUGAGGUUGUUCAUUAGUGAAUGGCCUAGGCAUUCCGGUACAAACCCACCUAUCCCAAAACUGGCCAUAAUAGAACCAGUUCCUGUGAUAUAACUAUGAGCCUCCUGAAUUUAGGGUUAAAAAGUAGUCAUGUAGAUUAAUUUUAUGACUUUUUAGUAUCGUGUUAACCAUAAUUCUCCAGUAUGAAGUGGGACCUAAUACCAGUAUGUGGUACAUGUUGAUGUUUUCCGUGUACAAACACGUUUUCUAUGCAUGUGUCUCCAUGUAGAACAGUGCACACGUAGUGCGUGUGUUUCUGUAAGUUCGUACAUUCUGUGCCCUUGGGCGGGUAGGUCUAAAAGUGCUUGUCAAAAUGCCACAAGCAUGAGUGUGAUUGUGUGUGCGCCGUGCAUACGCGUAUGUGGAGGGAUGUAAAUAUUUAUGUAUACGUGUGCUCUGUAUGUGUGGGUGCAAGUAUCUUUUUUAAACUGUGCCAGUCCAAGAGGUAGCUUUGGAGAAUCUGCUAUAAUGCAUGGUAAUAGUGGUUCAAUUCUCAGAGUACCUGAGGUAUCCAAAAGUCUCUCCAGAUUGUAUUCAUUCUGAGACGCACAGAGAUAGGAGUUACCAUGACAGCGUGAUGGCGUAACUUGCACAGGCAUUUAUAUCUAAACCCACAGCACCGCUAUCUAAGAUGGAAAGAUAACCUUGCCGAUGUAGUUUGAUCAGAAGUGUGAGAUCCAGAAACCUGCUCUGAGGAUCUCUAAUUAUCCUUGGAUUGUUGAGCUGAGUCUUAAAAAGCUAAGUUGGUCUACACAGUCAUCUUUUCUCUACAGUAAUUCUUCAAAAAGUAUAAAGUAGAGGGCUACAGUGAUGUAAUAAUGAAGUGGAUCCUUCUGAGUAAAUGGGCUAAAAACGCAGGGGAGGAGUUUCGUUAACACCUCGGAGGGGGGUCAUCGGUCCUCUUUGUCAGGCAAACAUUUUUUACUUGGAAAACAGUACAAUCACUUGGGAUGGACAGGAAUCUCCUUGACCUUGAGGAUGGACUCUGCAUAGUAGCUCUCUGUGUAUGGAACUCCGUGGAAGAAGAUAGCAUGUGGGACUGGAGCCGUGACUCCUGUGUCAUUUCCCCAGGAGGACAGAUGGCUGUGAGCUUGGAGUAAUGUGAACGCAUCCGGCCGAUUUCAGAGAAACGAUUAUUGGUUCACUCCGUCCCUCGGUCCUUCCUUAAAAGCCCAAAUGUGUGAGAUCAUCUUAAGUCAUGCUGUCUGGUUGCCGUGUUUAAAAUGAGGAGGUGCUCUGUAUAACGACCUUGAAGAAAAUGUCGAAGCGAUGAAGUGUAAGCUUUUCUGUUGGUGUAUCUGUGCCAGAAUGUGCGAGUGUGUGAGAACAGGAGAUGGGAAGUUCAAGGCCAGGCUCUCGUUUGUCUUAAGACCUGUUCACACUGGGGUGUUGGCGGGACUUCCCGCCUGUCUGGGCUGGGUUGCUCAGCUCGAGGCGCUCACUUCUUUAGUUUUCACCCUUGAAUUUCUGCAACUCCACUCACUGUGUAAUGUUUUUCAAAUUAUGAUGGAAGUGACUCUGUCUGUCCCUUGCAUUGUCUGCUGCCAAUUUGAUGAGAAGUAUCCCCCCCAACCAGAAGUCCACCAUUACUUGAUUUGCGUGUGAGUUCACGUGUACAGCCUGUGUUUCCCUUGCUCGUCUGUGUUUAUUUUCACUCCCCUUUUUUCAUUCACACUCCUUCUUUCGCCUUUGUAUGAAAAAAGUGGUGUACAGAAGCAAAAUCUCGUCUUCUCUGUUGAGUCUCUGGUUAAGUUGAGCCAGAACACUUUCCCCUGUCUUCUUGGCACUUUGCGGUUUCUUAAAGCCGUUGUGUGGACGGACCCUGUCAAUGGAAUUUUUGAAACCAGGUCCGGAAGCAUGUGUCAUUCUCGAAGGUCACAUGUACCUGUUGUGAAAAUGUGAAGCUGUAUUUCUGAACCUGAAAUAAAUGAUAACA